ACUCCCAAGAAAGUGUGAAAUUACUUUUCUUUCUCUCUCUCUCUCUCUGCUUUCUCCUCUUCUUCUCUCCCUCACAGAGUCGGCUCUUUGAUCUCUGAAAGUCAAAACGAUACCGAAGAGGCUAACAGAGAACGAAGCGAAACCUUCUCCUUUGCUUUCUCUCUGAAAUUUCCAGCUGAAACAAUCUCCGAUUGGGUACCUGUGUUAGUUCUUCUUCUGAUCUGAAGGUCAGUGAACAGUGUAUUUAUUGGUUUUUGGUGGUUGGGUCGUUAAUUGUUCCAAAUUUAUAUCCAUUCGAUGAGUGGGAACGGUACAUCGGGAUCCGGAGGAGCUGGAUCGGCUGAUUCUUCAGCACCCAGAAGGAACUCAAAGCGACCCAAGUAUUCAAGAUUUACUCAACAAGAGCUUCCAGCUUGCAAGCCGAUACUCACUCCAAAAUGGGUGAUCUUAGCAUUCACAGUUGUCAGCAUAAUCUUCAUCCCCAUUGGAGUUGCUGCCCUCCUUGCUUCCCAGGACGUUGUUGAAAUUAUCGAUCAGUAUGAAACAGACUGCAUACCAGAACGCUCCAGAGGCAGCCAGGAUGACGAGCUGAAGUACAUACAGAGCGGUGUGGAUAAAACCUGCAAUAGGACACUAACAGUGCCAAAGCAUAUGAAGCAGCCUAUUUAUGUAUACUAUCAACUUGAUAACUUCUACCAGAAUCAUAGAAGGUAUGUCAAGAGCCGAAAUGAUGCACAGCUAAUGGAUAAGAAGAAUGCAGACACAACAACCGGCUGUGACCCUGAGGCCACAGUGAAUGGUUCUGCCAUUGUGCCCUGCGGUCUUAUUGCUUGGAGUUUGUUCAAUGAUACUUACAGCUUCUCUCUCAAAAACCGGCAACUACAGGUAAACAAAACGGGCAUUUCCUGGAAGAGUGACAGGGAUCACAAGUUUGGUAGCAAUGUGUACCCCAAAAAUUUCCAGAAAGGACCCCUAAAAGGCGGUAAAACCCUUGUUGCCAACAAAUCGUUGAGUGAGCAGGAGGACCUUAUUGUCUGGAUGAGAACUGCAGCUCUCCCAACUUUUAGGAAGUUGUAUGGGAAGAUAGAGGUGGAUCUCCAAGCAAAUGACAUCAUACAAGUCACACUGCAGAACAACUACAACACAUACAGUUUUAGUGGAAAGAAGAAGCUUGUACUUUCCACCACUAGCUGGCUUGGAGGAAAGAAUGACUUUCUUGGCAUUGCAUAUCUCACAAUUGGAGGGUUGUGCUUCUUUCUAGCCAUGGUCUUCACUGUCGUAUACAUCGUUAAGCCAAGGCGACUUGGAGACCCUUCGUACUUAUCAUGGAACAGAAAUCCUGCAGGACGCUUAGAUACUUAAUCAGAUGGGUCAUCCAGUUCCUGUAUGUGGGUUAAUGUGCUAUUUUGUGUACUGAGAAAUCUAAAUGACUUUAUUUGUAAAGUGUGGGUUGCUUAUAGUCAAUGAAUCAUUCCAGUUGUUGGGAGUUAGAAUUUUUCAAUAGCGAGAUGCAUACAGUGCUUGUAUAAUUUCAGAAAGAAGUUAUUAGACAUUGCCAUUCUUUACAAA